UCUGACUUUAUUAAAUGUAGUUGGAUAUAAAUACAUGCCACUGACAAGCCACAAUAGGAAUAUAUUUUUAGUGGUGUCGAAUUUUAUGUGGGCCCCGGAAAACCCACUGAUUUUCCCAUUUGGCCCUCUUGGUACUGAAGUUGAAUAGCCCUACUCUAUGUGAUCAAACGUUAAUCCCCAUACCUCCGUUAACCACUAGAUGGGGGUACUAGUUAACAUUUCAAAUUAAAGCGAAAUCCUUAUAUUAUCUGGUUAAAGUGGUAUCAUGAAAGAGUAAAUCGCAGAUAAACAGGUACAAAGAAGUAGGCUAGGAUCUGUAAUACCUUGUCUUCAUCAUUACGGAUGAAGCACAUCUUUACAAUGUCAAAGCAGCAAUGACAGCUUCAAGUUAGUACUUGUUAUUUGAACGCAGUUGCCUGCAGUGGACCAAUAACACGAAAAUGUAGGCUUGUGUCAUGUCAGCGUUAUACGAUACGCCCGUAUUUUGUUUCCAUGUUCCCCUGAGUGACCACACGUUUCUCAGGUGUCCAAGCAACGCAACAUACAAUCGAACUUUGCCUGGCUAAUGUUGAACUAACUAGACGAGAUGAACGAUAGCUAGCUAGCAUAACACUCUCCGAACAGAAUUGAGAUAUACCAAAAUACACCAGUGAGUAUUCCCUUCGAAAUAUUUCGUGUCCGAUAUUAAUGAGAGUUUACUAGGUGUGCUGCGGAUUAAACAUAAGCAAGUAUGUAUGGUCGUUGCCCCCGAGUUACGCCUUUUGCAGUGGGAAGUACCUCAUCCAAACUCGGUCCAGGAUCAUAUGAGGUCAGCCAUUACCUAACCAGUGCAUCGGAUGGCUAUGCACCAUUUCUAUCAUUAACCAAGAGACGGACAUUGUUUCACCUAUCUAAUGAUGAUUUGACUACCCCAGGCCCAGGCCAGUACAACUCCCUGCUCAAGGGUCAUGUUCCUGGAGGAAAGAGUCUCCAGAAUCGCUCAAAACGCUUUGAAGAGGUGGUCCCAGAUAACCCAGGCCCAGGAGCAUAUAAUCUUUCCCUAACAAUUGCAUCUAAACAUGAGGACACCUCACGAAAGGAGAAUAUGAAAUUGGCUGUGCCUAAUCGCAUCAGGUUUAUUCAACAACCUGACAUACCCUCCAUCCCAUCUCCUGGGCAGUCUUAUGGCUAUGAGGAGAACAGUCAGGGACUGCUUUGCAAACAGACGCCUCCAGAAAGGGAUGCCACACUGGGACCUGCUUUCUACAACCCACUGCACUUGAGAAAUACAGAUAACUCAUCCUCUCUCAAGUACAAAGGAAUCCAUUUUGGAAAUAUGACAGGGAAACGCAAAGAACAGAAGGUGAUAGAGGGCCCUGGCCCUUGUCAUUAUGACCCUGAUGUGCAUAAUGCCACUUACUGUGAGAACGUCAACGUGAAGAAAGAGAAGAGCAGGGGGAAGCUGGCCAUCCCUCGUUACCACGAAAUAGUCACCAUUCAGGAAGAGAAGAAGGGUGUGCCAGGACCUGGGCAGUACCACAUCAAGAGUCAGUUUGAGAAGCCCAGCACCCCGUACGGAGCCCCCCUGGUCUCCAUCCCUCCCUUCCUCUCCCAGGCCCAGCGCUUUACCACAGCGAAGGAAGUAGCUCCCCCUGUUGGUGCCUACAAUGACCCGCGCUGUGCCCUGGAGUUGUUGAGGAAGACCAGUAGUGUCAAGAAAAACCCAUUUGGAUUGACGACUGAGCGCUUCGUUUCGGAGAAAAGGAAACCGUCCACUCCAGGCCCUGGUGCAUAUAACGUGUUUGACUACGGGCUUGCGCAGGAAAGCUUAAAAAAGGCUUUCUUGGAAAGCACGAGGAGAGGGGCAUUUGGCUCGUCGGCACGCCGGAGCCCCUUAUUCUUCAACAAGUCAGACGUCUACGAUCCUAGUCCGGACCAAUACAAGGUGGAGAAGAAGACUGAGGAGCAAUACAAAUGCCAUCAAACCGCAGUAUUUAAGUCCGAAACAGAACGUCUGGCAACCUUGACGAGGAUCCAAGACACCCCCCCGGCCAGCUUGUACAAUGUCCGGGAGGCCUAUGACAAGACCUACGGCCGCAAACACUACUCAGCACCCCGAAACAAAGACGCCAAGAGGAGACAGGGGUCGUUCCUGAGUGCCUCACCCCGAAAGUCCUUCUUCAUGCACCCUGACCCUAACGUCCCAGGACCGGGUCACUACAGCCCAGAGAUCAAGUCCAGUGCCAAACUGGCACUAAUCGGGUCCCGCGAGGACCGCUUCAAGAGUCAGAAGGACACCACCCCUGGCCCGGGCACCUACCAGCUCAGCCCUGCAGUCGUGGACACGGUGCUCAAAGGCACGUUCAACGUGACCCUACAUAACCCACUGAUGGCACAGAGCCCCAUCCUGAGGCCGCGCAACGCCAUUUUUUUGGAGAACUUCUCCGUCCAUAGCAUGUAGUGCCAAGUUAAAGCUCACCGGACACCACCAGAGGAAUCCCACACGUGGGUGAUAAUUUCACUGCAUUUAUAAUCUCGAUUCUCUUCAGUGGUCACUUUUCAUCCAUGAAAAAUGAAUAAAUGAUAAAAAAUAAACAACUCAAGAAUUUCAGUCUGUGAGUCUG